GUCCCUUUAAGACUGGCCCUUUAAGGCUGGAGCUUUAAGGCUAGCUCUUUAAGGCUGGCCCUUUGAGGCUGGCUUGGUGACAGCGCUCUACGUGGUCAGUUACAUCCACGCCUCCGUCUACUGCCUGCUGGUCAGAGAUCACCACGUCCUCCCAACAUGGCGCCAUUCUCGCUAACAUGGGGUCAUUCUGCUCCGCACAGAUCAUGACCGCGGUCCUGACCACACGCUCCACGCCGCUCAUCCUGGCGGGGAUGGCGGUGGAGCGCUACGUGUCCAUCUGCUUCCCGCUUCACUACAGCCAGAUGUUCACGGUCCCACACUGUUCCCAUCGGCGCCUCAUCCUGACCGCCAUGCCGCCCGUCAGCGACCUGCUCAUCACCGUGCUAAAGAAGCCGCCCAGCUUCUUCCAUGCCGCCAUCUUCUGCGACCACUCGCUGCUCUUCCGCCACCGCUCCAUCUACUACAAGAACUUCGUCUUUGACGGCGCCUACUUGUCGUUUGUCUUCCUCACCCUCCUCUUCACCUACUGCAAGAUCAUGAUAACGGCUCGUGCCGCCUCCACCGGCUUGGCAUCCGUUACCAGGGCCCGGAACACUGUGCUGCUCCACGGCCUGCAGCUGCUGCUGUGCAAGCUGGCCUUCGUGGUUCUGUCGCUGCAGGCAGCGUUCAUCUCGCUCUUCCCGCUUCUGAGCCUGAAGAUCCUCUACCUCUUCUUCCUGCUGGUCUACAUCAUCCCUCGCUUCCUCAGUCCCGUCGUCUACGGUUUCAGAGAUUAGCUCUUCAGGAAGUACUGGACCCGCUUCCUGGCCUGUCAGAGCCUUGCUAACGUGCGCGUUGGUGCCAUCGCUUGA